AGAGCCGGUGAUGAAGAGGCAGCCAAUGAGAGGGAGUCGUUGACAGGCGAUGACAGGUCGACGCCGGGAUCCGCGAGACAACAGCGCACUAGACGUAAGCCGAAGCGAUGGGAUGACGACGAAGUGGAAGUGGACUUCAGCGGACAGUUGGGUAUUCUGGCUGAGGAUCAGAUUAAGUCGCGACCCGACGAUAGCGAAGAGGUUAUGGAUAAGAGUUUGGACGCAAACGCCACGAAAAGACCGUUUGGCGAGAAGCCUGCGAAUGACGAGUCGUUUGACGGCAAACGCCCGAAGGUUUGA